CAGCGGAGCCCGGCGCGGCGCUCAGCCUCUGGUACUUGCAGGACACUGCGUUGCUUGAACCACCUGUAUCAUCAGAAGCUGCAAAAUCUCCCAGGCUUGCCGUGUUUUAUUUAGCCAACAUGAAGGUCAUCACUUGUGAGAUUGCAUGGCAUAACAAAGAGCCGGUGUACAGCUUGGACUUUCAACAUGGGGCUGAUGGGAAAAUCAAUCGGUUGGCCUCAGCAGGCGUGGACACUGCUGUUCGGAUAUGGAAAGUGGAAAAAGGACCAGAUGGGAAAGCAAUUGUGGAAUUUUUGUCCAAUCUAGCUCGUCAUACCAAAGCUGUUAAUGUUGUGCGUUUCUCUCCCAGUGGUGAGAUCUUAGCAUCCGGAGGUGAUGAUGCUGUGAUAUUACUAUGGAAACUGAAUGAUAAUAAAGAACCAGAACCGAUAGCAUUUCAGGAUGAAGAUGAAGCUCAACUAAACAAAGAGAAUUGGACUGUUGUUAAAACAUUAAGAGGCCAUUUAGAAGAUGUUUAUGAUAUUUGCUGGACCACUGAUGGAAACUACAUGGCAUCUGCAUCAGUAGAUAACACAGCUAUAAUGUGGGAUGUCAAUAAAGGGCAAAAAGUCUCAAUUUUAAAUGAACACAAAAGUUAUGUACAAGGAAUAACUUGGGAUCCUCUUGGCCAGUACAUUGCAACACUUAGCUGUGAUAGGGUGAUGCGAGUAUACAACACACAGACCAGACGAGUAGCAUUCAAUGUUACCAAGAUGCCGUCAGGAGCAGGAGCUGAAGGAGAGAUGAGAAGCUUCCGAAUGUUUCAUGAUGACAGCAUGAAAUCAUUCUUCCGCAGGCUUAGUUUCACUCCUGAUGGCUCCUUGCUACUUACUCCAGCUGGAUGUGUUGAAUCAGGAGAAAAUGUGACAAACACUACAUAUGUUUUUUCCAGAAACAAUCUUAAAAGGCCCAUGGCUCACCUUCCCUGUCCUGGCAAAGCAACACUAGCUGUUCGUUGCUGCCCAGUCUACUUUGAAUUGAGAACUGCACUUACUAAAGAUGAAGUCAGUCAGAAGUCGGUUCCUGGUCUAAUAAAUUUUCCUUAUCGGUUGGUAUUUGCUGUUGCUUCAGAAGAUUCUGUGCUUUUAUAUGAUACGCAGCAGUCCUUUCCAUUUGGUUAUGUGUCUAACAUACAUUACCAUACCCUGAGUGAUAUUUCAUGGUCCAGUGAUGGAUCUUUUCUGGCUGUUUCUUCCACGGAUGGGUAUUGCUCUUUUGUCACAUUUGAGAAGGGUGAACUUGGAGUGCCAUUGAAGGAGAAGCCAGUGAUAACUGUCAGGACCCCUACUGUAGCAGAAAAGAAAGUGAAGAAAAGUCAGUCACAUAAGGUCUCCCCAGGCUCUCGCCCAGCAGAUGGAACUCCUCCAAGCAGAAUUGCAGACCCAAGCACUCCCACUCUCCAGCCAAAAAUACCAACAGCAGUAGCAACCAGCAAGGACUCUCCUUCAACACCUGUUGGCAUAAAAAAUAUUCCAGCUUUGUCAGAAGAGAGGAAACCUAUACAGGCAGCCAGCCAGAGUGCUAAAGUAAACCAGCCAAGAAGGAUUACUCUAAAUACCUUAGAAGCAUGGAGUAAGACACCAAGGAGAAUAAACUUAAUUCCUGUGAGGACAGACGCACCAAACACAACUGCCACAAAUCUAGCCCCCACACCUUCCUCUUCAGGAGUAGUUCAACAUGAGCCACCAUCACCGCCUGAUGAUCCUGUGCACAAUCCUCCAGCCUCUAAACGUCCUAGAACUGAAGAAACGCCGUCUCUAACUAUUGAGGACCAAACCACCUGUACUUCAAACAACUAAAGGCCAAACUUUCAAUAAACUCACUCUGAGUACAGUUCAGACAGAAUAGCAAAUAUAUUGCCUUCCUUCAUAGGAUGGCUUCUUGGCAGCUUCUUAUAAGUGGUAAUGGUACUGGGCAUGCAGAGCUGUGAAGGAAGAUAUCUGCAGAAGAAAAGACUGAUUUUUCUACAAAAGCACUGCUUUGCAGUAAGGGAAAUAGCUGGAAAACAGCUUUUAACUUUCUCACGCUUUUGAAGAAGGCUUUCUUAAUCAAGAAAUGUCAGCUGUAUGAUAAAACAAUGUUUUCAGACAAUGCGUUUAUAGUAGUAUCCUAUGACAACUGAAGGAUCUCCUCUAUAAUCACCAUAUUGAUAUUUUUAAACUGUUAAGUCUUCCAGCAGGUCUGUUUGGCAAAGAGGGAUUUCUAAGGACUUAUCCAUCUUUAUAGUGAUUUUAUGUGGUUAACAGCUGGUUCAUGUAGGCAUCUGACUUUCAGGUGCCAUUUUAAAUUUAGCAGUUUGUAGGAUAAUUCAUGCCUUCCAACUUUCAUUCUUUAUAAGUAGUUAAUGCUUACAUGCUCUGCAUGUAUCAGUGAUACUGAACUGUAUUUUUAACACUGCAGCAGAAGUUGCAAACUUAUAAUGGGAAGGAAUGGGGAAUUGAACAGAAACAUUCUAAAGAUCAGUUAUGAGCAUUAAACAACACAAACAGAUUUCUUAAUUUUUAGUUUAUAUUUUUGUUCAAAAAAUAAGAGCAGGCAUGAAGUUUUCCAUGGCAGCAAAGAAAAAUACCUCUUUUGCUAUUUUUAUCUUAGAGCCUACUCUGUUGGCCAAUAAAACACAAAACCAGUGUACAUUUAUCUUUGUUUAUGGAUGUUUAUUCUAGCACUUAAUACCUGUUGCAUAGCUCAACAGUAUAACCUUGAGUUUGGGGGAAAAAAAAAUGAAAUCAAAAUUCAAAUUGUUUGAAAGCUAUGUUUAAUUGUUAUGUUUUCUACAUUCAGCUGUGGUGGAGGAUUGAAGAGGUGGGAGCCUUUUGGGUAAUGUCCAUGAGCUAUUAAAAAGAAAACUAAGAUAAUGGUUAAAAUAUGUGAAAAGUCCUUUUAAUUGACUUUGACAUGGAAAAAAAAGAGCUUAAAGUGCUAUUGAUCCCUUGUGAUUAAGCUUAUACUUUUAACAUUUGAAGUGUUGAGGCACGCAGUGAGAAAAAAAAGUUCCAAUUUCACAUUAAAGCU